AUGGGAAACAGGGACAACAUCAAGUCAUUUGCAGCGAAACGACCGCGCUUCUCAAAGGCCGCGAUUCGCAAGUUCCUCCAGGACAGCCUGCAGCUCGGAGUCAGGCAAGCGCAACAUGGGAUAAGUCAAUCUGUCAUGGACCGUGCUGUUGAAGCAGCUUCAGAUUUCUUCAAAUUGCCAAGUGAGACAAAGCAGGAGUUUGCAUCAGACGACAUCCGACAGCCUGUUAGAUACGGCACCAGCUUAACGGACGGCGCUCGUCCAUCACGGGCAUUCCUAAAGCAUUAUGUCCACCCCCUCAGUGAAUGGAUGAAAUAUUGGCCGGAAAAACCACCGACCUACAGGGAAGACAUGGGAAAAUUUUCAGCUGAAGUAAGGAGGGUGGCUCUGCAGCUGAUGGAAGCCAUACUUGAAGGCCUAGGACUGGGCAAGCAUUACCAGCAUGAUGAAUUUGAGAGGGGAUUGCAGCUACUGCAAGUGAACUGCUACCCGAAAGAACCAGAAGGCGAAUCGGCGAUAGGGCUGGCACCGCAUUCCGAUCAUGGAUUUCUUACCAUCUUGCUCGCGAGCUGCCCGGGCCUGGAGGUUCUCGACCGAAGUACCAACACCUGGAGAGUGGUCCAGCAACCACGACACGUGUUGCACGUCCACGUAGGAGACCUCAUGGAGGUCCUGAGCAAUGGCAGGAUCAAGACCGUCGUGCACCGUGCUGUCCUGAACCCUGGAGAGGCAAGGAUCUCCAUGGCGAGCAUCCAUAGUUUUGUGAUGCACGAGAAGGUCUCCGUUGCCAAGGAGCUGGUGGAUGAGCAAGAUCCUGAGAAGUACAAGGAGAGCAGCUUCAGUGACUUCCUGGACUACGUCACGAGCAAUGUGGAUAAGAAGCGCAUGAGCUUUCUUGACAGCCUUAGGAUGUGAGGAGCGUACCACCCUGAUAAUCAGGGUCUAAUCUUUAUUCGAAGCACAAGAGCGAGUAAUAUGACAGGCUCCAUACCUAGGAAGUUCAUUCUCUAUCUGUUUCAGACGGCUUAUCUGUAAUGUUACUUUUGGUGUGAA